CUUUAACAAUGAAAGCAAAAACUUUACAAAUUCGUUGGCAUGAAAGCACAUUGGCUAUUUAUUCUGUGCACUUUCAAUCAGGAAAAACAGGAAGAUUUGCAACUGGGGGUUUGGAUUGCAAUGUUAUGAUAUGGAAACUUGCCAAAAACCAAAAAGCAUUACCACACGUUGCUUAUUUGUCAAUGCUAAAGCGUCACACUGCUCCCGUUAACGUAGUCAGAUUCUCGCCUAACGGAGAGUUGUUGGCCUCUGCUGGAGAUGAUGGAGUCAUUUGUCUAUGGAAACUGUUGGAAAAUAACGAUUCAACAAGCUCUUUUGGUGAAGAUUUUGAUGGAGGUUCUAAUAGGGAUCCAGAAACUUGGAAA